AAUUGGGCUCGGCUUAGUUAAUUGCAGUCAUACUGCGAAAAUCCAGGGAAAUGAAAGCCUAACCUAGCUCUAAUUUCUUCCUCCUUCCUCCUUCCUCCUUCCUCCUAUCUAUCACUUUCAACGGACGCCGCUCUUCUUUUCUUCGUUCCUCUCCUGCUCUCUGUAAAUUUUUCCUUUGUUUUGGAGAUCUAUGCUUAUGAACUUGUAAAUUAAAUUUCUACUUGUAAAUUUCGAAAUACAUUAUUGUAGGUUGAUGGUUUUUAUAGAAGAAGAUGCUAAGGUUAAUCGUAAGAGCUGCAUUAAGAAAACCCCAAAAACCCAGUUCUCCAAUUCCUUCGGUAUCUUCACUGUAUGAUCAGAACAAUCAUUUAUGCAGUUACUACUCUUCCAAGCCUACAAAACCCAACAAGAAAAAUGUCCAAAAAUCCAAACCCAAGAAACCCUCUGAAGAACCCGCAACCGCCAACGAUCUAGAAGCUUCCCUAUUUGACGACGGCGCCACACGCGCUCACCGUCUCGCUGAGGAGGAGAAUGUGCCUUCGCUUGACGUGGGUCCUAAUGGUCGUCCUCUUUUCACUUCCACUUCUUCACUCUCUCAGCUCACUCGUAAAGAUAGCUGUACCUACUUCAAAUUCAGUGAGGAAGGACUGAAUGAGAGGUUACCGGAGGGAUUGCCAAUGGGGUUGGUGAAAGAGUUUGAGGAAUCAAUGCGAAGAGCUGUACUAGUUCGUCAGAGUUUUUUGGAUCUUCGUGACAAUUUCAGACGCAUUGUUGAUCCUCCCUUGAGUUCCUCUAACGGAAAAGGUCCAAAAGUGCGGAAGCAAAUUGUAUUAGAUGGUCCUGUUAGCUGUGGAAAGAGUAUUACUCUUGCAAUGCUUGUUCAUUGGGCUCGUGAGGAAGGAUGGUUAGUGUUUUAUGUACCCACAGGACGGGAUUGGACUCACGGCGGGUUUUUCUAUAAGAACCCAGAAACUGGUUUGUGGGACACACCUGUACAUGCUGGAAGUAUUCUCAAGAGUUUUCUGAAAUACAAUGAGUUACAUUUGAAGCGAUUACCAUGUCAUAUAUUGGAUCCUGUGCCACUGGGAGAGGGUGCUGGUGUUGGAUGGAUGAAAGGAGUUCAGUCCAUGCCAAUUCCUGAAGGCUCAACAUUAUAUGACUUGAUUCAAAUUGGAAUCAAGCACACACAUGCAGCUGUUGGUACAGUAGUUCGUUUGAGGAAAGAGUUAUCACUUGUGACUGAUGUUCCUGUUCUCUUUGCAAUUGAUCAAUAUAAUAACUGGUUUACAUUCAGCGAGUAUGAAGAGCCAGUAACAAUUCGUUCUUGUCGACCAAUACAUGCUAGGGAACUUGCAACGGUAAAUGCUUUUAGGUCAAUGAUGCAUGAUGACAUGAUGGUGGGUGCUUUCUCUCAUUCAACUGCUGUUGGAAAGCUACGAAAAGACUUGCCAGAUGUUCCUGUAGAUGCUCGUGUCGAUUUGCCCCGCUAUAAUUUAGAUGAAGCAGCCACUGUUUGCCAUUACUACCUUAGACAAAGGCUAAUACGCCGUGAAGCAUUUUCAGAGGAGAACUGGAAGAAGGUGUAUUUCUUGUCCAAUGGAAAUGGGGCAGAAAUGAGGUGGUUAGUUCCUUUGAUGCGGUGACAUAUGAAGAUACUGCAUUUAGAUACAUAUAAUGACAUCAUUUUGGGACGACCAUAUUUUCAUUUUAUCGCCAUUGUCUCCAUGGGCUUGACAUUUCCUCCCAUAUCUUAAAGUCCUUGAUGUGAGAUCAUAACGCAGUUCCUCCUUUCUUUAACCCUUAAAAUUGUGAUGAUAGCUGGCAAGAGUUGCAAACUGGAAAUCUGAAAUUUUCAUCACUUGAUUGAUUUACUUGAUCCAGAUCAUCCUUACAACCCGGGUAUGAUCAGUAAGCGUUUUUGUAUGUCUAUUGUAGAAGGGUGUUUCCUUGUAAUAAUGGUGAUUUUGUUUUCUAGGCCUAGAUGAGAUAGUCCUGUCAAAAUAGGAAUUACAUUACAGCAUUCAUGUGGUGUGUUUGUGUUUUGUCACAACUUCCAUGCAUUGCCAUUCUAGUUUAGGUUAUUUGAGAUGGUUUCAUGAUGUUGAACCUUGACUGAUGAGGUUUCCAGAUGAGAAUAAUAGAAAAUAUGCCAGUACUCUCAAGGAUUGAAUCCA